AUGCCUGAAAAACUUGCUCAGGGACCUGGAGAUCCAUCUGGUUAUCCAUCUCCGUUUGAUACUGCCUCUGCAGGCCCGCCAAAUCCUCCACAGAACGAGAAUCCUCGUCUGUCACCUGGAAACAGUUUGAAAGUCAACCUGGGGCUACAGUCUGAAUGGGCUGCUUUUGACCGUGUUGACUGGGUAGGUAUUGACAAGGCCGUCGCAGAGGCAAGAAAGGGGAGACAACUCGCAAAACGUGGCUCUUCUCAACAUGUGUCGGAUCAAGCAAGCAAAAAGCAAAAGUGCAAUCCAUGCAGUGCCGGUAGUAAUCCCCUUUCAUCUUCCCCUUUGCAAAACAGCUCGGCUGCUCAGCCACCUGUUGCAUUUCCUGCUGCAUCGCCUGUUGAGCCUUUACAUAUUCAGCCUAUGCCAUUCAUGAUGACCCGAUUCCUGUAUGAAAACGAAGGAAUAAAGCUGGAAGAGGGAUAUGAUUUAAGUCUUCACAAGUUCAUCUCUUUUGAAGUCGCAAAUUCUGGAAUCAAUGAUGAGAUGUCUAACAGCACUUCAUCUCAAGGCACAGAAUCGGACCCUGAAUUCCGUUCUCCCCUCAAACCACGUCAAAAGUCCAACCAGGACGGGGAUGAAAGAACCGAGACCGACAUCAAUCUCCGCAACGAUGAAGAUGACGGCAGCGGCCCUGAAGACUACGGCAAUGAAGAUACCGAGCACAACAACGAUGGCAACAAGAGCUCCCUCUGCGAGUUCUCCCGCCCAUGCCACAUGGGCCCGUCCCCAGACGGAAUGCACUUCCGCAAAGUCGUCUCCCAUUUCUUUGGCCGGAACAAGGCCUCGACGAAGCUCUUCCCAGAUGCUGUCUGGGUCCACUACUGCCGCAAGCAUUACCAACGAGCCCGAUACCGUGCCGAUCAAUGGCCUUUCACGCAGUGUGAGUUACUCCUUGAAUCACUCUCCCGCAUGGAGCAGUGGGAUGGGGUCGAAAAUUUCGAGAUUACACUCCGGCGUCGUGAGAUACUGCGAGUCGAGGAGGAGGAACAGCCGACCAGUUCCACCCCCGCUGGCCCAAGUCGUGCGGGCCCCAGUCGCGCUCGCACCAGCAACCAAAGAAAGACUUCUGCUCGUGCUAGGAAAAAGCCCUCGACUGCUCGAAAUCUGACCGUGCGUGGGCGGAAGCUCCCUAGAGCUAUUACUGCACCUGUUCCAGAGUGGCUGCGUAAUUGCGUGGGACGCGGAAAGACUUUCGCAGAAAUUCGCGGAAUUGUCAACAAGACAUAUGAAUACAUGAUAGAAAUGCGUGAAGCGGAAAAGGCCCUUGAGGAAUCUCUCGGUAUUUCCACUGGUGACAACACCGCCUCGGCCGGAAAAAAGAGUCCUUGGCUUCCAGCAAGAAGCAGUUCGAAAGACAUUGAGCGCCAGCAAGGCAGCCGGGCAAGAUUUCCAGACAUCGAGAUACUUCCUACGUUCAAGCCAUGGGUCCUUGAUGCUGCAUUGCGACAGCGCGAGCAGGCGGGGAUCAAGGCUUCCGCGCGGCACGGAGAGUCUAACAAGAGAGAGGAUAGCGAAGUUGAGGCAAGCGUUGCCUCUCUGGAUGGGACUGAGAGCGUCGGUUCAAAUGAGGAUGAGCAUGGUCAGGAGAUUGGCCGGACCGGGUUGAACCGAGGAAACUCAGCGGGUCAACGUCGACGCAAUGACAAGAGCUAUAUGGCCAUGGUGACUAGGGUUACCCCACGAGGCUCAGUCAAGAAGCCCAGUGACGCGAAAGGGAAAGGUCGUGGACGUCGUUGA